AUGAGUCCCAAUGAGUCAGCCGUUCAGCAGGCUCUAGAAUUCAAAAACCAAGGAAAUGUAUUCAUCAAGGAAAAGAAGUUCAAUGAGGCUGUAGAAAGCUAUUCCAAGGCACUAGAGUUGGAUGAUACGCAAUCGAUAUACUAUUCGAAUCGGGCCUUUGCUAGAGUGAAGUUAGACAAUUUCCUCACUGCCCUUGAAGACUGUAAUAGGGCCCUCGAACUCGACCCAAAAAAUAUCAAGGCCUUGCACAGAAGAGGUCUGUCCUACGUUGGCCUUUUAGAAUUCAGUUUAGCUCGUAAAGACUUUAAGAAACUUUUACUGAUGAAACCCAACGAACCAACAGCGGUGAAGGCGCUUGAAGCGUGUGAGAAGUUCAUUCGUGAGGAGAGGUUCAGAAAAGCUAUUGCUGGUGAUGGUGGUGAAAUCAAAGUAAACCUUUGUUCCAAGGUUCAGCUUUCGUCCUUUGACGGGAAUGCUGACCUCAUCAGCUACAGUGGGCUCAAAUUGGACAUUGCCCAGUUGAAAGAUGACAAGCAAGAAGCUAGUGGAGCGCUAAUCAACAACAUGUCUCAAGAGUUUGUGUCCUUCAUGGUGAAUGAUGUGUUUUUGAAAGGUAAGAAUCUCCCCAAGAAAUAUGUAGCAGCCAUAGUCUCGCAUGCGGAGCGGUUAUUCCGACAAGAGCCGUCAGUUGUUGAGCUGCAGAACCUGACCGAAACUGAUAUCAAAAUUUCGGUCUGUGGUGACACUCAUGGUCAAUUUUAUGAUGUAUUGAACAUCUUCCGCAAAUUCGGCAAAGUGGGCUCGAAACACAGCUACCUAUUCAAUGGGGAUUUCGUUGACCGUGGAUCUUGGUCUUGUGAGGUGGCCAUUUUGUUUUACUGUCUGAAGAUCCUAUUUCCUAAUAAUAUGUUCAUCAACAGAGGUAAUCAUGAGACGGACAAUAUGAAUAAAAUUUAUGGUUUCGAAGAUGAGUGCAAGCACAAGUACUCUCCUAGGAUCUUUGAAAUGUUUUCACAGAGUUUUGAAGCCUUACCCCUGGCAACGGUUAUAAAUGAGAAAUAUCUCGUUAUGCAUGGUGGUCUAAGUGCCGACCCCUCUGUCACUUUGGCAGAUUACAAGAAGAUCGAUAGGUUUUCUCAACCACCAAGAGACGGGCCCUUCAUGGAACUUCUGUGGUCAGAUCCUCAAGCCAAUAACGGGCUUGGUCCCUCGGAACGUGGUUUGGGCCAUUCAUUUGGGCCGGACAUCACUGCUAAGUUUUUGGCCGCUAAUAAGUUGUCCAAAAUUUUCAGAUCUCACGAGGUAAGAAUGGGUGGUGUAUUAUUUGAACACGAUAAGAAGCUUGUUACAGUGUUUAGUGCGCCUAACUACUGUGACUCUCAGGGUAAUUUGGGCGGAGUUAUUCAUGUUGUUCCGGGGGCAGGUGUUAUCGGUCAAAACGAUAAUGACGACGAGGAUCUGGUAGUGGAAACUUUCGGAGCCGUUAGUCAUCCUGCUAUUAAACCCAUGGCCUACUCAAAUGGGGGGCUAGGGCUCUAG